CAAAGCUGUACCUACUGUCUUCAAAAAUGAGAUCACUACCGGUUGUCGCAUUGAAUUAUGAUUAUCGGUGCUGGGAUCCCAUUAUCGUUCCGGAAACGGACUUAGCAAAAGUUGAUUUCGAUCAUGAAAUAAGUCAAGAUCAAGCUCGAUCUCUAGGACCAAAUUUGAGAAGUUAUCAGUGAUGGUGAUGACCCAUCCACCAGCACUUUUGUUGUGUACCGUGACUGCAAAUGAAGAUAUGGCAACCAAAAAGAAAAUGAAGAUCUCUCACCGAGAUGUCUCUCUGUAUCUAGUUUUCUAUUCGUAAUUUGUUUCUUGAUCCAAGAAAAAGACGCUUUCUGACUCGAUUCGAAACGAUCUUCAGUGAUGUCUCAAUUUCAGGACCUCAGCCAGCCCCAUAAAGACAAAACACGAACAACAAGUGGCAGUAUUAUGCCCCCAGCGAUAGGAUUAAGACUAUAGCGAUAAGAAUUUCGUUGUGCACCACCUUUGUAAGUAUUGUGUAUCUCCCCGGUGUCCGUCUUUCCGAAUCGUGUACCCAGCUGCAUUUCGCCGUAGAGUUCUCCCCCCCGGUGUGUGUCUUUCUACGUAAGUAGUUGGAAAAUUGUUCAAAAUCAAUCACGAGCACGCAGAAUUUAGAUUUACCAUACGCAAACACACAUUUUUCUUGAAAAAACACCACGAUGACGUCGGCUUCGUCCUCUACAUCUGAAAAUGGUUGUUCAUCCCGGUUUCUACGGACGUUGGGCCUUUCCGUGGCAGUGUCUAUGCCGGUCUUAUGGUAUUUGCGGUCUCGAUAUCAUGCCUCCUCUUCCACAAGCACUUCCUCGAAGAAAAAAAGCCGGUCUCGCAGUCGCAGUAAAAAUCCCAAGCAGGAGGAGACCGCAGCGAAGAGAAGAAACAAACUGAGGCAGAGCGAGAAGCCUAAGGAAAAACUUCCUUCGGAUGGCCCGCUGCUCCGCGUGCACCUCUGGCAUGGCUCACAGACAGGCACGGCUGAGGAGUACACGGAAACACUCGCCGCGGACUUGGCUUCUGCGUUGGUCAAGCAGGGAUUUCCGGCUAGCAAGUUUUUUUCGAUUCAGACGAAGUCACUGGAAGACUGCGAAGAUUUCGAGCGAGAAUUCGACUUCCAGGACGACGAUGAGGAGGACGACAGUACUGCCACAGGAUCCGAUUACGAGCACCAGGGUUCUGGAGCAGGUGGAAGAGCUGGCCCUGUGGACGGAGUACCUCCAAUGUCAUCCAGUAACAAGAAGGAAGCAGAAAUAUGUGUUGAUGGGGAACAAACUACAUCACGAAGAACGAGAGAACACUUGCCGCUUCACAUCUUCCUCGUUUCCACCUACGGCGAGGGGGACCCGGCGCAGUCGUUAUCCUGAGUAAAAACGUACCCACACCAGAGUCAGGAUGGGGAUUUUGCAACACAAACCUGGGAGUUUUGUAAGUCACGCAUGACAAGUUGCGCUCUGCAGUGUAGUGCAGGUUAGCAAGUGCAGCCGCAUCACAGAUUCAUCAGCUCAUCCUGUUCACAGCAUCACAAAUUCCAAAACACGAUUAGAAAUGGCUCUCAUGCGGAUGCGCAUUACAAGUCUUCCUGUCUUUGCAAAUCUGCAUGACAACUCUGGUUUGGGUACGUUUUUACACAGGAUAGUCGUCCGAGGAUUUUUACGACAAGCUGACCGAGAUGAUCGACGGGAGGGCACAGAACGUGUUCAGAAAGCUCCAGGCGGCUGUCAUCGGGUUUGGCAACAGCACGUACGUGCACUUCAACGGCGCGGCGAAGACGCUGAUCGAGCGGUUGACGAAGCUGGAAGGGACUUUUUUCUGCUCCGAAUCCUACCUGGACGACGCGACGGACCUUGACGAGCAGUGGGCCCCCGCCGCCGCAAACGUGAUCAACGCGAUAAAAAGGAUGACCGUCGAGUUUCUGCAAACCCGCACGGACGUGCGAAAAUGUUGGGUCUUGCCAAACGACAGCACAUUCGGCGGAGCCACUGGUGCGAUGACGGGCGAGACCAAGAAGGUGGAGUUCUUAACCGAGUCCGAGUGGGCGUCGAUUCUGAAGGGCGUUGAGAAAAAUGAAGCCAGCGCGUCCCCCGCGGAAAUGCGGGCGCGCUUUUGUCCGCUAGCGGGGAAGUUGCAAAAGGACUCUCCUCCAGCUCCUGCGUCCAGCUCGUCGAAGGAAGUUCCCCGCGACAUUGCGGCAACGGCUUUGUUCGGUAGAAAAACGGUCAAAGUAACGAGGCAGGACCGGCAAUCGCAAGUUGUCGACUACGGAGCAGCAGCCCCUUUCGACAAAAAAGUUUCGCGCGGAAGUACGGAGGUACUGGUGGAGUGGCCAGAAGCUUACAUGGCCGGGAUAAACGGCGUUUUGGCGCACAAUAUAGACGUCUUGCCGGACAACGACAAAACAGACGUUGCGGCGUUCUUGGCGUAUUUUCAGGUCACGCACUACGACAACAUGCGAUGGGUCUGGACAGGCGCGGCGGCAGGUGGUAAUAGCACAGAGGAAAACAACAGCACGUCGUCCACCGCGCCUACGACUUUAUCCGUCCCGUUUCCCAGCGGACUUUCCCUGGCCCAGAUUUUUGGGCAGUACCUAGAUUUACGACGCUUUCCUAAGCUCUCCGAGGUCCGAAAGUUCGUUUCCUUCGCGAAAGAUUCGGAUGCGGAAAAGCUGCUGCAAGCCGUCUGCACGGACGAGCAUCUGGCGCAGUUUCGCGACGCGCGCUUGAGUUUCGCCGCGUUUUGGCAGGUGUUUUUGCAGGAUUCGGUGCAAAUAACGUUGGGGGAAUUUUUUCAGAUUUGCCCGCGGAUGAAGCCCAGGAUUUUCACCGGCAGCAGCAGUCGGGUCUGCGACAAACACCACCUCGCGAUGCUCUUGUCCGCGGUGCACGAAACCAGUCACGCGAAGCUGGACCUGAAACUAGUGAAGAAGCUGGUGGCCACCAACGACAAGGAGAAGCGACUGGACGAGAAGCUGCUGAAAUCGCUUGCGACAACUUAUUCCGGGCAGUACUUCGGCCAGUGCUCGGAUCACCUUUCCGUCGCGGAAGUUGGUUCGGUCCUGAGCUUGAAGGUGAAUCCACCAACCCUGCACUUUCCGGAAAAUCCGAAAAUCCCGCUCGUCCUCAUCUCCGCAGGCACCGGGCUCGCGCCCUUCAAGGGCUUUCUCGAUCAGGAACAGGUGCUGAAAUCGAAGCGGGAUAUUCUCCUCUUCUUCGGGUGUCGAAGUCGGGAGGAGGACUUUCUCUACCGUGACUACUUUAUCAAGCUCGCGCCGGAGUACGGUGCGGAGAAGGGUGGGCCGCAUCAGCAGCAGAACAAGAGAGGAGAUCAACAUCCUUCCGCGGCAAUGAAUGGGGAAGAUGCAGCAGUAGCGGUGGCGGAUAGAAGUGGGGACGCACAAAAUCAAGGAACAAGAAUUCCAAGAGCAGAUCUACCGCUGAAGAACUUCAAGUUGGUGUGCGCGUUUUCGCGCAUGAGCAAACGCAAGGUGUACGUGCAGGACAAGAUGAAGCUCCACGCACAGGAGCUGAAGGACUUGCUGCUCUCCCAACGCGGGCAAGUGCUAGUCUGCGGCAGUACGCACAUGGGGCAAGGCGCCCGUGAGGUGCUCACCAUGGUUCUGGGCCGCGCGGAAAUGCAAGCGCUGCAAGACCAAAAGCGGUACCAGGAAGAGGUCUGGGCCGUUUGAAGAGCAUGCGUCCAGGUUGUGAAGACAUUGAUUUCGAGAAAAUUCGGCGCAUGUUGUAGUCUUGAAGAACGACAUGAAAGUCACAGCGACAUCACGACGACUAGAGUACAGACAUGAAGGAUCUGACCGCCACGAAGUAGCGCGAUGAAUUCAAAAACGCGAUAGCAUCUUAAUCUUACCACUUCGAGAAGGCUGAU